CUUAAAACGGUAUUUCUUUUUCUGCCGGCAACUUAUAUUAUUAUCUUCAUUUGCUAGUUCACAUGAAGGAAUAGCUCAUUAGUAAAUUUUAAUAGUUUGGCUGGCAGUCUUGUUUAUUUGGUUAGUUGUCGAAAGAGGAACAGAACCGUGUGCUAGCAGUUAAUUUAGCCAACUAAGAGAGAUAAGCUAGUUGUGCUGACCUUAGCUAAAUAUCCUUUCUGAUUGACAGUAACCGAACUGCCAAAAUACAUUUUAACUUCAGCCUUUAACCCACACUACACUGAAAAUGAAAUCUGCAGAGGAUCAGGUUGUUGAAGAUGAUACUGGUUUCCAGGAUGAGGAGGAGUCCUUCUUCCAACAUAUUGACCUCCUACAGAAACAUGGGAUUAACAUGGCAGACAUCAAAAAGCUGAAGUCAGUGGGAAUCUGCACUGUGAAGGGGAUCCAGAUGACUACACGCAAGAGUCUGUGCAACAUAAAAGGCCUGUCAGAAGCGAAAGUGGACAAAAUCAAGGAAGCUGCAGGGAAAUUGCUGAAUGUUGGUUUCCAGACAGCCUUUGAGUACAGUGUGAAGAGGAAGCAGGUGUUUCACAUCACAACCGGGAGCCAGGAGUUUGAUAAACUUUUGGGUGGAGGUAUAGAGAGUAUGGCUAUCACAGAAGCAUUUGGAGAGUUCCGCACAGGGAAAACACAGCUGUCUCACACACUUUGUGUCACUGCUCAGCUGCCAGGCGAGGACUGCUACUCAGGCGGGAAGGUCAUCUUCAUUGACACAGAGAACACCUUUCGUCCAGACAGACUGAGAGACAUUGCUGACAGGUUUAAUGUGGACCACGAUGCUAUGCUGGACAAUGUGCUUUACGCCAGGGCCUAUACAAGUGAACACCAGAUGGAGCUGUUGGACUUUGUUGCAGCCAAAUUUCAUGAGGAAGGAGGAGUGUUCAAACUGUUGAUCAUCGACUCCAUCAUGGCUUUGUUCAGAGUAGACUUUUCUGGUCGAGGAGAGCUGGCUGAGCGGCAGCAGAAACUAGCCCAGAUGCUCUCUAGGCUGCAGAAGAUCUCUGAAGAGUACAAUGUAGCUGUGUUCGUCACCAACCAAAUGACAGCUGAUCCUGGAGCAGGAUUGACGUUUCAAGCUGAUCCCAAGAAGCCAAUUGGUGGGCACAUCCUGGCCCACGCCUCUACCACACGGAUCAGUUUGAGGAAGGGACGUGGAGAGAUGAGAAUUGCCAAGAUAUUUGACAGUCCCGACAUGCCUGAGAAUGAGGCAACAUUUGCCAUCUCUGCUGGAGGAGUUACUGAUGCCAAAGAGUGAAAAAGGAAAGUAAGAGACACAGGUGUUAGCACAGUUCCCUGUUCCAAUCAGUUUAAAGUUAUGUAAAGUAUUUAUAACAAUGUUAUGUAUGGAGUUUUUAAUCCUUAUAUAACUUCUCACAGUUACGCUGGCAAUCUUGU